AAAGCGUUCGUGAAGCAGGUGACCGACGUGAUUGGCUGAAGUGUCGGAUGAUGUAGUAGCGUGCCAUCGUUCCAUCGGUCCUCCGUGAGCUGUUGAAGCCGCUCAAAGUGUCUGUGCCCGUCUGCAGUCAGUCUCUCGUCCUCCACCUGCCAACGCCCUGCUCCACCAUGCUGACCCGUCUGUUCCGUAUGCAUGGCCUCCUGGUGGCCUCCCACCCCUGGGAGGUGAUUGUUGGCACAGUCACUCUCACCAUCUGUAUGAUGUCCAUGAACAUGUUCACUGGCAAUGACCAGAUCUGUGGCUGGAACUUUGACUGCCCCAAAACAGAAGAGCAAAUACUGAGCAGUGACAUCAUCAUCCUCACCAUCACACGCUGCAUCGCCAUCGUCUAUAUUUACUUCCAGUUCCAGAACUUGAGACAGCUGGGAUCCAAGUAUAUUUUAGGCAUUGCCGGCCUUUUCACCAUAUUCUCCAGCUUCGUCUUCAGCACAGUGGUCAUUCACUUUCUUGACAAAGAGCUCACAGGCCUCAAUGAGGCUCUGCCCUUCUUCCUGCUUCUCAUUGACCUCUCCAAAGCAUGUGCUCUUGCCAAGUUCGCUUUGAGCUCCAGUUCCCAGGAUGAAGUGAGGGACAACAUUGCUCGUGGCAUGGCAGUGCUGGGACCGACCUUCACUCUGGACGCCCUGGUGGAGUGCUUAGUGAUCGGAGUGGGAACCAUGUCAGGUGUGCGGCAGCUGGAAAUUAUGUGCUGCUUCGGCUGCAUGUCUGUCUUGGCCAACUACUUUGUGUUCAUGACCUUCUUCCCUGCAUGCGUGUCACUGGUGCUGGAGUUGUCCCGUGAGAGUCAGGAGGGCCAUCCUAUCUGGCAGCUGAGCCACUUCUCCAGAGUGAUGGAGGAGGAGGAGGACAACAAACCCAACCCUGUGACCCAGAGAGUCAAGAUGAUCAUGUCUCUAGGCCUGGUGAUGGUUCACGCCCACAGCCGCUGGAUCGCCGAGCCCCUGUCCAUCAACACCACCGUGGGCAUGCCACAGGUCGGCAUGGAGCUGGACCACCUCUCACCCAGGAGGAUCGAGCCAGAGAAACCGCUCUGGCACUUUUACCUCACCAGGAUGAUCACCAUGGACAUAGAGCAGGUCAUCUGCCUGGCCUUGGCCCUUCUGUUGGCGAUCAAGUACAUCUUCUUCGAGCAGGUUGAGAUGGAGUCUACGCUGUCACUAAAGAACCCCAUCACUAUGUCUGCCCCUGGCCUGGCCCUGCGACGGCCCACCGAGACCUGCUGCAGGAAGGAGCCGCCGGCUCCCCGCCCCAUCGCCCCCACCCACAACAUGGCUGCCAUGGUCUCCAUCAAGGCAGAGAAAGAUGAGGUUAUCCGGCCCCUGUCCACCCCAGCUGCAGAUCCCCAGCCAAAGAGCCUCUUUGUUAUGGGGGAUGAAGAGGAAGAGCUCAAAUCUGACGCUGCUCAGCCGAGCCUCCCCACAAACCCUAGAGACCUGGACCAAUGUGUGGCCAUCUUGAACAACCCUGAGUUGGGGCCUCGUUUCCUGAGUGAUGCUGAGGUGAUGCUGCUGGUCAACUCCAAACACAUCCCAGCGUACAAACUGGAGGCCACCAUGGAGAGGCCAGAGAGAGGAGUGGCCAUCCGGAGACAGAUGAUCUCUUCAAAGCUGCCCUCUCCUUCUGCGCUUUCCUCUCUGCCAUACACACACUACGACUACUCCAAGGUUAUGGGCACCUGCUGUGAGAAUGUAAUUGGCUACAUGCCCGUACCAGUGGGCGUGGCUGGACCGCUGCAUCUGGAUGGGAAGCAUUUCCAGGUUCCCAUGGCAACUACAGAGGGCUGCUUGGUUGCCAGCACCAACCGUGGUUGUCGAGCAAUUGCUCUGGGAGGUGGAGCCAGCAGUCGCAUUCUGGCUGACAGCAUGACUCGAGGACCCGUGGUGAGGCUGCCCUCCGCCUGCCAGGCUGCAGAGGUCAAGGCCUGGCUGGAGAGCACAGACGGUUUUCAUGCCAUCAAAGAAGCCUUUGACAACACGAGCAGGUUUGCUCGGCUGCAGAAGAUGCUGGUUGGUUUGGCUGGAAGAAAUCUGUACAUCCGCUUCCAUUCCAAGACUGGAGAUGCCAUGGGAAUGAAUAUGAUCUCUAAGGGUACAGAGCAGGCUCUGAGCAGACUGCAGCAGAACUUCCCAGACCUGCAGGUGGUGGCUGUCAGCGGAAACUACUGCACUGACAAGAAACCAGCCGCCAUCAACUGGAUCGAAGGCAGGGGCAAGUCUGCCGUCUGUGAAGCCACCAUCCCCGCUAAAGUGGUCAGAGAGGUGUUGAAGACGACAACACAAGCUCUGGUGGAGGUGAACAUCAGUAAGAACCUGGUGGGCUCCGCCAUGGCAGGGAGCAUCGGUGGAUUCAACGCUCACGCAGCCAACCUGGUGGCUGCCAUCUACAUCGCUUGUGGACAGGAUCCAGCCCAGUCAGUGGGCAGCAGUAACUGCAUCACCCUGAUGGAGGCAUCAGGACCAACAGGAGAGGAUCUGUAUAUCAGCUGCACCAUGCCUUCUAUAGAGCUGGGCACUGUGGGAGGAGGCACCAACCUACCCCCCCAGCAAGCCUGCCUCCAGAUGCUGGGUGUGCAGGGAGCCAGUCAGGACUGUCCAGGGGAGAACGCCCGGCAGCUGGCCAGGGUGGUAUGUGCCACCGUGCUGGCCGGAGAGCUCUCUCUGAUGGCUGCUCUGGCGGCUGGACACCUGGUCAAGAGUCACAUGACACACAACAGGUCCAAGGUGAAUCUCCAGGAGACUCCAGGAACCUGCAGCAGGAAAGCGUCCUGAGAGCAGUGUGGCCUCCUGCAGGAGCAGUAACUUCAGGAAUCUAUGGACAAUCUGAAAAAGACUAAUCAUUCAUCAAUGAAAGAACAGACCUCAGACGUUCUCUGAGUGACACAGGAGUAUCAUGUGACCAAUCUCUAUGCUGGCUAUGAAAAGGAUUCAUUCAAGCUAAUGGGACUGUUCUGUGGGAAAUAUAAAUGUAUCUGGUUAUGUCUUAUGGAGCUAGAAGCAGCUAAUUACUGGCUUCUUUCAUUUCCAAGGUUAAGAAUGUCGUUAGGCUUUUGGGUUCAGAUGAAACAAGCUCUCCAGUCACCAAACGAGCACCGUGAACACAGAAACACUGAUACCUAAAGGAGCCUGCAGACUGUACACAGACUAUAAGUUUACUGCAGGUCACACUGUGCAACAUGGGUCUAAUAAACAUGGCUACAACAUCAAGGCUGAUGUAUGUGGAAUGUAGGAUGAUUAACCCCUGAAUCAGCAGCUAUGGCACAAGUCAAUAGACAAGAUUAAUGUUUAUAUCAGUGAGCGUCAUCCAUCUGCAUCGCUAUGGUGGUAAACAAUGAAGCUUAGCACAAAUCGAUUAGAUUGGAUUAAUAGUGAUUUUUAUUGUAUGGGAAAAAAAAUCCAAAAAGAAGCGGAGGAGAAUCUGGACCCGGGUGUGGUGAGGGAAAAAGAGGCAAACGUAGGACCUAGAGAUAGGGUUAGGGAGUUGGGUUAGGAGAAGUAUUUCAUAAUUUCAUCCUAUUGGUUGGUUUGUAGACGUAGGUCACAGCAGCAUCUUUGAAUCUCUCUCAGUGUGACGCUGGACCACGACCAAACACAUCACCCAAGUUUGUUUCCCAUCAUCUUUGGUCCCGGGCGGCCCAAAGUCGCACAGUGUGUGCCUGCCUUAAAAAGUGAAGGUGUCUGUUGAAUGUGUGUGAAAACUGAAGAUCAUUGCUGCUCACUACAGAUUCUGCAUCACUGGACCGACAUCAGGAAAGAAUAAAUAUGUGAACGAUUA